UUCUCAGCCUCUGAUUGGAGGGUAAAUUCUUUUCAGUUCUCUGGUGUUUGGAGGGAGGGCUGAACCAAACUGUGGGUGGGGUUAUAGCGUGCUACUUUAAAUAAAGCUCUGUGGCUUCUGAGGAGCAGAAGGCGCUUCAUUCCUCAUAUGCGCCAGUUGUCCCUCCUCUCUUCCUGCCCUGGCCAACAUGGCUCCUGGCGUCCACAGGUUGGUAAAAUCAGCCUGGCUGCCGCUGCUGUCCGUCUUGUUGCUGUCUGAAGCUCGGUCUGUCCGCUGGACGCCAGGGGACUAUGCGGACACAGCCUCGGAUGCCUUGAGGUUCCUCAGUGACUACAACAUCACUGCAGAGGAGGUCUUCUUUAACAUCACGUCCGCCAGCUGGAACUACAACACCAACUUGACGGAAUUAAACUCCAGGCUGCAGGUAGCGGCAAGCCUUGUGUAUCAAAAUUUUUCAGAAGCCUGGGGAAUGAAGGCCAAGCAGAUCUUCUCUGAAGAAGUACUUAAAUCUCUUUCUGAGAAGGACAGAAGGCUGUUUGCUGGUGUCAAGUUUCUGGGUAGUGCUAACCUUCCACAGGCUGAGCGAGUGGAGUAUAGCACCAUCCUGAACACCAUGGAGAGUAUUUAUUCAACAAGUAAAGUGCACCCACUGCCAAAUGUUACAUGGAACCUGGAGCCUGAGCUCUCGGAAAUUCUGGCCAAGUCCAGAAGCUAUAAGAAACUACUCUUUGCUUGGGAGAGCUGGCACAAUGUAUCGGGUAUGCCUGUUAAAGAGUACUAUUCCAGGUUUGUGGAGCUCAGUAACAAAGCCUCUCAAGGGGAUGGCUUUAAUGACACUGGAGCUUCUUGGCGCUCUUGGUAUGAGAUGGAAACCUUUCAGGAGGAUUUAGAAAGGCUCUACAAGACAAUUGAACCGUUCUACUUGAACCUGCAUGCCUUUGUAAGACGCAAACUCUACAACCUCUAUGGUCCCAAAUAUAUCAACCUAAAAGGACCCAUCCCUGCACACCUGUUGGGAAAUAUGUGGGCUCAGUCAUGGAACAACCUCUAUGAGAUGAUGGUCCCAUUUCCUGGCAAACCUUUCCUAGACGUGACUGAUGAGAUGGUCAGACAGGGCUUCAAUGCUACACACAUGUUCCGUGUAGCCGAGGAGUUCUUCACCUCUCUGGGUCUAAAGGAGAUGCCUCCAGAGUUCUGGGAAGGGUCGAUGCUUGUUAAGCCUGAAGGUCGGGAAGUUGUAUGCCAUGCGUCUGCCUGGGACUUUUAUAACCGUAGAGACUUCAGGAUUAAGCAGUGCACCACAGUGACGAUGGAAGACCUCUUCACUGUACACCAUGAGAUGGGCCACAUCCAGUAUUAUCUGCAGUACAAGGAUCAGCCUGUAGGCUUCCGUGAUGGAGCCAACCCUGGUUUCCAUGAAGCUAUCGGUGACCUUAUGUCCCUGUCAGUUUCAACACCCAAGCACCUCCAUGAGAUUAACCUGCUGGAGUCUGUGACCUCUGACAAUGAAAGUGACCUGAACUUCCUGUUGAAGACUGCUUUGGAGACUAUCGCUUUCCUUCCUUUUGGCUAUCUUGUUGACCUCUGGAGAUGGGAUGUGUUCAAUGGAAACACUCCUCCAGAGAAGUACAACUCUGCUUGGUGGAACCUCAGAACAAAAUACCAAGGAAUUUGCCCUCCUACCAGGCGUACAGAGGAGCACUUUGAUCCUGGGGCAAAGUACCAUGUUCCUGGAAACACACCAUACAUCAGGUACUUUGUUAGCUUCAUCCUGCGAUUUCAGUUUCAUGAGAAACUCUGUGAGGUAGCCAAUCAGACUGGCCCUCUGCACACAUGUGACAUCUACCGUUCUACAGAAGCUGGAGCCAUCCUGAAGAAAGUUCUCGAGGCAGGCUCUUCAAGACCUUGGCCUGACAUGCUCCAGGAGGCCAUAGGCACACGUGAAAUAAAUGCCACCUCAUUACUCAAAUACUUUGACCCCAUAACAAAAUGGCUGGAAGAGCAAACUGCCAAUGAGACCCUUGGAUGGCCUGAUCUCGACUGGGUUCCACCGAUCCCUGAGGGCUACCCUGACGAUAUUGAUGCACAAUUACAAACCUCAACUCUGUAGAAAGAAUUGAAUGUGGUUUUAUAUUUCAGAUGGGAUGGUUUCUCAUCUCAAUUGACUCAUUUACCUGGACAUUAAUGAAGCUAAUAAGCAGGGAGUGGUGGUGGGCGGGUCAAUUUAAAAGAUGUCUGAAAACUAGACUGGUCCCAUGCUAGCUGGAGCGCUACAGUUGCUGUGUUCUGGUUUUUAUGCUCAAUGUUUAGAAAAGCAGUUCAGCAACUUUGUCUCAGUGUGUUAAAGCCUAGGUCACCAAGCUCUCUUCAUGUGCACAUUAUGAGGUGUAUUUUCAUGUUCUGUGGUUGGAAUGUAAAAAUCCUCUUCAUCAUCAUAGCCUAAUUAUGGGCUAUUGGUGAAGACCACCCAUAUGUGGUUUGCAGUAGUUUUAGCCUAAAGCAUAUUUAGUUUUUCUCUAAUUUAAUGGAAUGUUGGUUUACAAUAAAGAAACUUCUGCUACUUAA